AUGACUCAACUUCAAACGCUUUCUGGUUUUCUAGUUGGGUGUGAUGACGGAUGUAAGAUUGAGGAGCUUGGACAUUUAAAAGACCUUAAAGGUAAAUUUAGUCUUUUACAUCUCGAGCAAAUCAAAAGUAAAACGGAGGCCAUGGCUGCAAAUUUAGUAGAUAAGGAAAAAAUUUCCGAUCUAUAUUUUGAAUGGAGUUUUGAAAGAGAAGACUGUGGUGAGAAUGAUUUGAAUGUGUUGGAAGGGCUUCAACCACACAAAAGCCUUCAAGCAUUGAGGAUUCAUAAUUUUGGAGGUGAACUUCUACCCAAUGGUAUUUUUGUUGAAAACUUGGUUGAGCUAACUCUAUACGGCUGCAAAAGAUGUGAAACUUUACCAAUGAUUGGACAGUUGCCUAAACUUGAGGUUCUUGAAAUUCGUGAGCUAAAUGGUAUAAAAAGUAUUGGAGACGAAUUUUAUGAGAAUUAUCGCGAAAGGAGAACUUUAUUUCCUAAAUUGAAGACAUUUGAAAUUUUGCACAUGGAGAGUUUAGAGGAGUGGGAAGAAGUUGCUACUAUUUCGAGUUGUAUAACUUUUCCUCAUCUCGAAAGUUUGGCGAUUCGUUUUUGUCUAAAACUAACGAAUAUUCCAGACAUUUUUGCAACUUAUGGUCAAAGGUUGGAAGUUGACACUAUUAAUGCCAAGUUCUUUUCAAGCUUUCAAAGUCCUCCAAAGCUCCGAUCUCUACACAUUCAUAAUUGUACAAGUUUGAUAAAGCUACCAAAUUGGUUAGAAUUCUAUAGCUCACUCGAAGAUUUGUGGAUAGGCGACUUUUUUUAUGAUAUUUAUCCUCCAAAUUUGCAAAAUAUGCAAAACUUGUCUUCAUUAGGAAUAAAAAACUUCCCUAAUUUACCAGAGGGGCUUGGUGGUAUUCAUAACUUGAAAACAUUGGUAAUUAAAGGGCCAAUGUUGGGUUAUGAUUGGAGUCGAUUCAUACCCUUCAAUUUGCUUGAAGUUCUUGAGUUGCAUGAAACAGGAACUAAUAGUUUAACACAACUUCCUCAACAACUUGAGCUUCUCACUGCUUUAAGAUCGUUGCAUAUUGAGAAUUUUAAUGACAUUGAAUCUUUGCCAGAAUGGUUAGGAAACAUUACAUCUUUGGAGACAUUAGAAUUAUGUCGGUGCAGAAAUUUGAAAAACUUGCCCUCGAGAAAAGCCAUGUCAAAUCUAACUAAAUUAAAUCGUUUAAGAGCGUAUGAAUGUUCCUGGCUUGAAGUUGGUGAAGGGACCCAUGUACUCUAA